AUGGGCGUCAGCGCGUCGCUACCUGCGCUGGGGAAUGAGUAUUUGUGGAAACUCUGCCUUCUGCCCCCUGCUCUCUUGAUUUUAUAUCUCGUUGGAUUAGGCAUCUAUCGUCUCUAUUUCAGCCCUCUUGCCGCAUAUCCAGGCCCGAGGCUCGCCGCCUUGAGCAACUGGUACGAAUUCUAUUGGGAUGUGAUCCAGCAGGGCCAAUUCACAUUCCACAUCCAGAAGUUGCACCUACAAUAUGGCCCAAUUAUCCGCAUCACGCCUACCGAAUUGCAUAUCGAUGACCCAGCCUACUACGAAACCUUAUACUCUCGGGCGGUGCGUCGCGAUAAAUAUGCUUACUUCUCCGGUCGUUUUGGAUAUGCGAGCGAUUGUUUUUCAACCAUAGACCAUGACCUUCAUCGGCUUCGGCGGAAAGCCUUGAGUCCUAUGUUCUCCGUAAAAAAAAUUGACGAGUUCCAGCCGGUUAUCAAAGAGAAGGUUGAGAAGCUUUGCGGCAGGAUGGCGCUGUACCUACAAGACGGACAAGUGUUGCCUCUUAGCAGAGCGUGGAUGGCUUUGACUACGGAUGUUAUUACAGAAUACUCCUUUGCCAAAUCUUAUGAUCAGUUGGACUCGCCCAACUUUCAGGACACACUUCAUGAAGCUUUGGUUGCCAUUUACACCACCGGACAAUUUGCGCUGCACUUUCCUAUUGUUUUCCCGAUUUUGGACAUCAUGCCUGAGUGGUUGGUGAAAAUGGCGCAGCCAGAGGUUCUUCCAGUCGUGGGCCUUCGCAAGGACCUGGGCCGACAGAUUGGCGAAAUCAGACGCGGGGUCAAUGAUGCGCACAAGCACGUCAGCCAUCCCACAAUCUUCCAUGAAGUGCUCAACAGCGACCUUCCGCUGGAAGAGAAGUCUGAUGCUCGUCUAGGGGAUGAAGCGCAACUUAUCGUGGCAGCUGGUCUCAUUACCACGUCUUGGGCAUUGACCGUCGCCAGCUUCCACAUCAUAAAUAAUUCCAAUGUCUUCCAGAGGCUGCGUACGGAGUUGGAGACAAUUGUGUCAACGUCUUCCAGCACGUUUGACUGGCACAAGUUGGAGCAGCUGCCAUAUCUCAAUGGCUGCGUUCAUGAGGCUGUAAGAUUAGCCCAUGGUGUCUCAACGCGCUCGCCACGUUUGGCUCCUCUAGAGCUCAAAUACGCGGAUUGGGUGAUUCCGGCAAAUACCCCGAUCUCGAUGACCAACGUUGACAUCCUCAUGGAUGAAUCCAUCUUCCCUAAUGCGAAAGACUUUGUUCCAGAAAGAUGGAUUGAUAGACCGGACUUGGAUCGCUUCUUCGUUCCUUUCGGUAAGGGGUCACGAGCUUGCGCGGGCAUUAAUCUUGCACAAGCCGAGUUGUACAUUACGCUCGCGACUGUAUUCAGCCGGUUCUCAUUCGAGCUAUUUGAGACUGACAGAUCGGAUGUUGAGAUGGCCCAUGCGUAUCUUGUGCCGUACCCAAAAUGGGACUCGAAGGGAGUGCGAGUCAACAUCAAAUCCAUUUCAGCUAAGGAUGGUAAGGCAAUUUGCGCUUAA